AUGCCUGAUGGAACUAGUAGAUUUAGUUGUAAAGGCAAAACUAUAUAUCAUUUUAUGGGCGUUAGCAGUUUUAGUGAAUAUACAGUUUGUGCUGAAAUUUCUGUUUGUAAGAUACCCAAAACCUCGCCAAUCGACAAACUUUCCCCACUUGGUUGUGGUGUCUCUACAGGCUAUGGAGCUGUUUUAAAUACUUGUAAAGUUGAAACAAACUCUACUGUUGCUGUAUGGGGAUUGGGAACUGUUGGAUUAGCUGUUAUUAUGGGGGCUAAAGAAAUUGGGGCAAAAAGAAUUUUGGCUAUUGAUAUUUGUGAAGGAAAAUUUGAAAAGGCUAAAAAAUUUGGCGCUACUGAUUGUCUAAAUCCUCGUACUUUACCAGAAGGACAAUCUAUUCAAUCCUAUUUAAUUGAAAAUUUUGAUGGUGGUUUUGAUUAUACUUUUGAAUGUUGUGGAAAUGUGGAGACUAUGAGACAAGCACUAGAAUCAGCACAUAAAGGUUGGGGCGUUUCCUGCGUAGUUGGGGUAGCUGGUGCUGGUGAGGAAAUUCGGACUAGACCAUUUCAACUAAUUACUGGACGUGUUUGGAAAGGAACUUCUUUUGGGGGUUGGAAUAGCCGUGAUGAUAUACCUCUACUUGUUCAAAAAUGUCUUGAUGGAAAAAUUAUAAUGGAUGAUUUUAUUACUCAUCGCUUUCCUUUUGACAAAAUUAAUGAUGCCUUUGAUUGUAUGCAUUCUGCUACUGAAUGUCUACGAUGUGUUAUUUCCAUUGGGGAGUGA